AUGUCGCAACUUUCCACGACCUUUUCGAUGGAUUACGAAAGAUUGGUGAACGAAUUGGUGAAACCAUUUGGAUCGGAAUAUGAUGAAACACUUUCAAAGUGUCUAGUAAUGGCCUAUCAGGCUGGAGAAAUGGCUAAUAAUUUUUGUAUUGACAGAAUGAAUUCUCCUAGUUUGGAAAUUGAAAUUAAACAAGAUGAUACACCAGUAACCAUGGUUGACAAGAAAGUCAAUGCCUUUCUCAUUGGCCAGCUUGAAAAUCAUUUCAUUCAAUCCGACAAUAAUAUCAGAAUUAUUGGAGAAGAAGGUGUGAGUACUAAAAACAAGGACAAUGAAAAUAAGGAUCUCUCCGAAGGUCUUGUCUUUUAUGUGGACCCCAUUGAUGGCACUAGAGAUUUUAUUUCCAACAAUGGAGAAUGGGCUGUCAUGAUUGGACUCUGUAAAGAUGGAAGACCUGUCAUGGGAUGUAUUUACUGUGCAGCUCAAGAUGAAAUGUUUUAUGCUAUCAAAGGACAUGGUACAUUUGUGAUAAGAAAUAAGCAAAGUUUAUCUAAGGUACAAUGCAAUCAAUUUAAUCCUCAAGAUUUAUCAACUGCCAAAUGUUUGAUUUCUAGAUCUAAUUAUGAUCAAAUGACUGAAAAUAUCCUCAAUGAGCUAGGUGUUCAAAAUAGAGUUCCAUGUGGAAGUUUUGGAAGAAAAGUCUGUCACCUUGUUGCAGGCAAUGGAGAUUUAUAUUUCAACACAAGUUGUAAGAGCAGUUAUUGGGACAGUGCUGCUCCUUCUGUAAUUUUGGAAGAAGCCGGUGGGUGUUUGUUAAGGAAGAAUGGUGAGAGUGUUUUUUUCAAUGGUCAUCGAACUGCCAAUGAUUACAUUAUGUUUUGUUGUCCAACAAGCGUCUCUCAAAAGGUGUUACAAGUUCUUGUCAAACAUGCUGGUAGUAAGGAGUAA